GCAUGACAUUUCGUUUGCAACUGCUUAAUUCUUCAGUUGCUCUAUUCUUACUACGACCAGCAGAAUGUAAGGAUAUGUUGGCAAAAUUAUUUAAGUACACUAUGGUGUCAGCGGAGCAUUUAGAAGAUCGUCCAUUAUAUGAAUUCAAUACACUUUCCGUGUUUUACGGGAAACCAUCAGAACAAUUUAUAAUGGAUACUGGGCCAACCUUUUAUUUGCAGAAUAAACAAGAAAUUGAUGAUUCACAAUUUUCAAAUACUCUGGAAUUUGAUACAGUAAUUGCUGAUAAAAAUAUGAAAAGCGCUGUUCCCGAAUUAGUUAUAGCAAAAUGUAAUGAAUUUGUGGGUAGUUUCAAUAAUUCUGUCACUUCACAGGCUACAAGAAAUAUUUUUCAUGACAAAACAUGGAAAGAAAGUGAUGGAAAAUUGUUAGAAAUUACUGAACGCAUUCUUAAUAUACUUGGUGAAAUAUGGCGCAAUCUUGCAUUUGAGAGUAGUGUGUCGCGUAGCGAACAAAGCGAGAGAACUUAUAUUUCUGAUAUUAUAAUGCCCUUGCUUCGAUCUAGUCUGGGGAACCUACUCAAUGGUAAUAUCUGCUUAAGUACUGCAGAACGCCAGAGUAUAGCAAGCAAGGCUCGAAGAAAUGCAGGAGUGGACAAAGAACGAAUAGGGAAGAAACCCGAUAUCAUGGGGUUGCUAAAAUAUGAUGAGAAAAUUGCAGAAUUUAUGUUCGCAGAAUGCUUUUGUAUUGUUUGUUGUAAUUCCAAGAAGGAUGAUAAUGAUGUUAAAUUAUGGAGAGAAACUUUGGAUGGAAUGAGCUUUUUAGAUUCAUUGUGUAGGCCAACUAGUAAUCAGUUCGGGGUUGUUGGAAUUCAGGUGGCCGGAACCACUAUACGAUUAAAUGUUCUUGUGCGAGACUUGGGUGGCAUACUAAGAUAUUUUCAUCUCGACCAUGCCGAAAUUCCUUUGUUACCACACUUAUUACAUACUAAAGCUCUUAUUCGUCUAUUACUAACCUUAAGGAAUAUCUUGAUUGUUAAUAAGAGUUUACUAAUGGAGGCAUUAGUAAAAGCCAAUAGUCACCCACCCCGAAAUGCCCACCCAAACCCCGCUGUUUCAACACCAACCAGAGAAGAACAGACAAGAACCAGAAAGGUAAGUGAUAUAGAUCCACCUUUGCGUGAACAAAGAUUAAACAAGAAAAAAAGCAGGAAUCUUCAGAACAAAUUUUGA